AUGGCUCAAUCCACUAAGAAAGACAUUGGCGAGCUCGCCAAUCAAUUAGCCAAUGACCAAGCUGUCAAACAGCCUCGACCUCAGCUAAAUACAAGUCAAAAGACUAAGACUACCGAAGAGAAACCCGAUGCCGCCCCUUUCUUAUGCAUGCUAGAACCUCUCUCUGGUCACAACGUGGUUCUCGAUAUGACUCGAUACUUCGCUACUCAGAUCCGCUACCUGUCCCAAGAAAGAGAUAGCCUCAAAACUCAGAUCGAUGAUCUUACGAAGCAAGCAACCAAUAUACUACUGCAUCUACAAGAAUCCGCCGAUGCCCACAAGCCAACUCCCCAGCCCAUCCAGCAAGCAUCAAAACCAAACCCCGUUGAACAGGCCCCCCAGUAUACCCCCGGAAUCUCAGCAAUCUCCCAGCUCGAACGAGACGAUAUUGGCCGAUUCAACCCCAGUCACCACGACGAGCGGGGUGCGGGCAUGGUGUCCGACGGCCAUACCUUAAUCUUCACCGACGUCGACCUCUUCGUCGAGCACAUCGAAUCCUUCCUCCAAGACCCCGUCACAGCCUCAUCCAACGAGCGGCAAAUCCUGCAACGGCUCGAGACGCUGCUGCACGGCCCAGCCGCCCUAUGGUGGAGCCACGAGCUAACCCGGGUCGACCGACGCGCCCUCCGGCUCGCGGGCUUGUCCGAGAUCCUAGUGGACCUAGAGCGGCGGUUCCGGCUGACACCAGCGGUCGCGGCGGUCAAGUUCGAGCACGGCAAGCUGGGUCUCCGGGAGAUUGCGUUCGACGAGAACAGGCCGAUGCAGUUCGUGCGGACGAAGCUGCGGUACGCGAGGGCGAUGGAGCUCUUGGAUGAGAAGGACACGGAGUGGUUGUUUGUUAUGCUGCAGAUCUGGUUCAGCAUGGACGUUGAGGUUAGAGCGGUUUUAGGCCCGCCUGUUCCGGAACAGACGCUCGACUUCUAUUUGCGGGAGAUCAACAACACGACUCCGGACCUGAUGAGCCGCGCGUUGAAGCUGCACUAUUGA